AAUAUUCCGUCUUGUGCAGUCAAUUGCAUCGAACAGUCAGUAGUCAAAGUUACUGGUUGUGGCUCGACAGACGUCGACUGUGCCUGCCCACACUUUGAUGAUAUUGAAAAUGAUGCUAUUCCUUGUGUCAUCAGUUCCCAAGGCUGUGGCCCUGAC